CCCUUAUCCAUCAGUCAUGUCCAAGCGCGCUGCUGUCAAGAAAGCCCCCGUUGAGAACGUCACCCUUGGUCCCCAGGUCCGUGAGGGUGAGCUUGUCUUCGGCGUUGCCCACAUCUUCGCCUCCUUCAACGACACCUUCGUCCACGUUACCGAUCUUUCCGGUCGUGAGACCAUCUCCCGUGUCACCGGUGGCAUGAAGGUCAAGGCUGAUCGUGAUGAGUCUUCUCCUUACGCUGCUAUGUUGGCUGCUCAGGAUGUUGCUGCCAAGUGCAAGGAAGUCGGUAUCACUGCUGUCCACGUUAAGCUUAGAGCUACCGGUGGUACUGGUACCAAGACCCCUGGUCCCGGUGGACAGAGUGCUCUCCGCGCUUUGGCCCGUUCCGGUCUCAGAAUCGGUCGCAUUGAGGAUGUUACUCCCAUCCCCACCGACAGCACCCGCAGAAAGGGUGGUCGUCGCGGUCGUCGUCUCUAGAUACUCCAUCUUUACAUUUGUUGGGGCUUUCUUUCUUCUUUUUUUUAUGUACAUUAGGAAAGGGCUCAUUGAAGCACAUAGCUUUACAAUUUGAUGCCUUACGAAUAAUAAAAAUAAAAUAAGGAUGCCAAAUAUCA